UUGUAUUCGCCCAUGACCCUUCUAGGCUCUUGCAAUUCCAUUAUCUUCAUACAAACACCAAUCGACCUUUUGUUAUCUUCUCUUUUUCCAUUUCUUCCUUUUUUUUUGUGAACUUGAUGACCAAAAAAGCAAAAGAAAAAAGCACAAGAAUCAGACGAAGCUCACUGAUCAACAAUUAUUUUGUAUCUUAAUCUUCUCUCUCUCUUUUUUUUUUUUUUUUUACCUCUUUUUACUUUUUGGCCUUUUCUCUUUCUAAAAGAAUCGCGACGAUACCCUUCCCUCUUAUUAGAGGCUCUUUACUACUAACAUACUCCAUACUCCAUACUACUACCACCUGCAUACUGUACAAACUUAGCCCCACCCUCAAAAUCUCCCACACCAAAUCAAAAGACAGUUCAGUUGCUGCGCUUCUCUUCCCGCCAGCCUCAAACGUCAUUCCGAGUCGACAAUUUUCCUUUGCUCCUACUUUAUCGAUUCCUUUGACCUUCUCGAGACUAUACGAAGAAACACGCAUUAUCCCUACCACCGCUACUACCACAUAGGUAUCUUUACUAUACACGCCUCUAAUAUUAACAAAACAACACCGAACACCCCGCGACCCGACCUUGGUGCUCAUUUGACACCAUGGAUACCAAUAUGGAGGAUGUUGGGCGUGUUCCAGCCGAGUUAGCUCCCAUGCCCCCCUCGGAGCCAACUACUGUUCCCACACUAGACGGCUGGAUUGAGAGCUUGAUGAACUGCAAGCAACUCGCCGAAUCUGAUGUUCAGCGACUCUGCGAGAAGGCUAGAGAGGUCCUACAAGAGGAGUCUAACGUUCAGCCGGUCAAAUGUCCGGUAACGGUCUGUGGCGAUAUACAUGGCCAGUUCCAUGAUUUGAUGGAACUAUUCAAGAUCGGCGGCCCCAACCCCGAUACCAACUACCUGUUUAUGGGUGAUUAUGUUGACCGAGGAUACUACUCCGUCGAGACGGUAACGCUUCUUGUCGCCCUCAAGAUUCGAUACCCCCAGCGCAUCACCAUCCUGCGCGGCAACCACGAAUCUCGCCAGAUUACCCAGGUCUAUGGCUUCUACGACGAGUGCCUACGCAAGUACGGUAAUGCCAACGUCUGGAAGUUCUUCACCGACCUCUUCGACUACCUUCCCCUAACCGCCCUCAUUGAUAACCAGAUCUUUUGUCUUCACGGUGGUCUGUCUCCUAGUAUCGAUACUCUUGACAACAUCAGAGCUCUCGACCGAAUCCAGGAGGUACCCCAUGAGGGACCCAUGUGCGACUUGCUGUGGUCCGACCCCGAUGACCGAUGCGGUUGGGGCAUCAGCCCCCGUGGUGCCGGUUACACUUUCGGGCAGGAUAUUUCCGAGGCGUUCAACCACAAUAAUGGACUCACACUUAUCGCACGAGCCCAUCAAUUGGUUAUGGAGGGAUACAACUGGUCACAAGAUAGGAACGUGGUUACCAUCUUUUCUGCACCAAACUACUGUUACCGAUGCGGUAACCAAGCCGCCAUCAUGGAGAUCGAUGAGCACCUGAAGUACACCUUCUUACAGUUUGACCCAUGUCCACGUGCUGGUGAGCCAAUGGUUUCCCGACGCACGCCGGAUUAUUUCCUCUAAGCGGCCCGUCCAUCUUGGUGCUGCGCUUGGGGGUUACGAGGACCCAAACCUUGAAGAUCUCUGGGAGUUACGUUGAGCCUAGAUCCACACACCAUUGCCAUUACCGAAAGUCAAAAAGGGUGGUCUAUGUACAUGGCCGCAUCACAAGCAGUAAUUAUGAGUAUUGUGACCUGUCAGCAGCAUCGAAAGUCAACAAUGGCUUUUUAUGAUGCUGGUCCCUGCUUUGUGUAGCCAAGGAAGAAAGGAGGAGGGGCCUAGCACCAAGGGUGAUAUGUUCCUCGCCCUGACGUUGUCGUCGUCGAUGCCCAUAUUGGUGUGGGCGAGACAGUUUUUUGAGACAACCAAUGCAGAGUAGUUGCCAAAGCAUGAGAUUUCGAGAUGUGAAAGAGGCCCAGUCUCUUUAUAAUAAUGUGGUGAAUAUUUUGCCUCCUUCGACAGUGAUAAUGAUACUACAGACAGAAGGGCAUCUCUUUUGUUGCGACUAGCAGGUACUCGGUAGGAAUAGUAUUUCUAGAGAGGUAAUAAACGAAUGGGUGAACUUGCCUGCC